AUGUUUGCCCGUCUUAUAAACAUAUUAAUCCCCUCUACCACUCCUUCUACCACUCCUUCUACGCUCCUUGUUAUUGGCAGGUUUGGUACCACAGUCAAUAUUCUUCAUCUUGUACCCGAGGAUGGUACCAUCGAACGCUUCAGCUUCACAUCCCCAUCCCCCACCUUCCAUCGCGGUGGAGCUAAAGAGCAGGCUCGUGAGCAAAUCGGUGUGGUCACCCUUCACAUUGGAGAUGGUGAGGAUACCAAUAGCUUCCUCGACGAUGUUGAGACCCGAAUCCAUAAGCUACAGAAUGAUUCUCUAGGCUCAAGCCAGCCACAGCUACAAAUAGGCUGUGUUGAGGUGACUCAGCUAGUGCAAGACGUCAUUCGGUCCGCGGCGCUCGAUGCUAUUCAUGUAAGAGAGGGGCGAGAUCGUUCUAUCAAUGCGAUGCAGACGUAUCCUGUUUCCCUUGUCCAUAUCUCACGCUCGAGGGCAGGGAGAAUUAUGAUCAAUCGGAAUGAGCUGACAAGUAUCCAUCAAUAA